AUGCUCAUCUCGCCGAAUGAAACGCCGGCCACGAGCCGCUCCGCCUCCGAAGGUCCACUCCGGAGGUCAGCUUCGGAGCCUUGUCAAACGAUACUACCGAUCCGGCGCAAAUCCCUGGAAUUGGUGGCUUCACCGGCCAGGGAAGAGGAAAAUGAUCGGGAGGUGGAAAAGGUUCCAAUGAGUCUUGCGAGGAUUGUUGUUAAUAUGCAAGAGCAUUACACGGCGGAGUUGGAGGCUGAGAGACAAAGAACGGAAGGCUUGGCGAGGCAGAAUGAGGAGAUGAUGAGGAAGAUGGAAGAAAUGGAGAGCAGACUACAGAUGCAUGUUGUUCUCAUGGAUGGAUUUGUCGGGUUCAUGAGGGAUGUAAAGGAGGGGAAGUUUGCAACUGGCGGAGGUGCGGAAAUGGAGAUUGCGAAGGCAUUUGGGGGAGAGCAUCUUGACGAGGUCAGACGGCUUGUAGCGGAGAACUACAUGCCAGUUCAACAGAGCGUGGAGGAACCAGCUACUGAGCCUAUAGUCUUUGAUGAUGAAGAUGAACCUCAGCAACCAGCGCCAGCAGUCGUUCGACACGUGAGCUUUGAUGAAUCGCCAUCAACGCCAGACCUGGAAGCACCUCCUGUACGGAGCACUGGACGACGAGCACCAAAGCGCAAGAAUCCUCCUCUGAGACCACAUCGUGAGGUGAAGCGACAAACAAGAGCGACCCUGCGGAGUGUUCGGCUUCGUAACACUUCAUCAUGGACUGCCAUCAAUACGAGGAAUUCUCCGUAUGCAGGUGCCGACUUGAGUAAUGGAGAGGACAAGGAUCUUGACUUCACUCCUGACCUUGAGGUUGACGAGGAUGACGAAGAGGAAGAAGAAGAGCAGGAAGAGGUGGAGGACGAUAGCGACAGUGAGAUGGAGGACAUACCAAAUGUACCAGCGACACCUUCGCCAUCCCUCUCCGACGAAGAGCUCGAAACCACAAAGACCCGAUACUCCGCCCCCCGGUCUGUCGCAUACCGCUACGCCAGCGGUCCACCGGGGCGCAAGUUCAAAUACCACCGCAUGCCCAAGUCCGUCGCGUUAGUAUGGCAAGAAUGGAAGCACGGCAGUAACGGAAAUCCAUCGAUUCAAUCCCUCGAGGAAAAGUACAGCACGAGAUGGCGAAUGGGGACGUUACAGGAACGCAAGUAUGCGAGUAAUUACGUCGGUGUGAGACAGAAAGUCGUGAGAAAGGUGGAAGAAAUGUGCGAGCAGAAGGGAUUGGCACCAGAAAAGGCUUGUGAGAUUUUGGAUAGACGCGUUGAUGGGAGGAUGCAGUUACUCAUGACGGCGUUGAGAAAGGGGCAGGAUCCGCUGGUGGUUAUUCCUAGGAGAUAG